AUGAAAAUGCAGUGCUGGCUCGGGCGUUUGCUCUUGGAAUUGAAGCGAUUGGUACAGGAACUAGUGCCAGAACAAACGCAGAGUAUCGGGAACAACUCCAACAGCUUCAGAUUGACGCUGGCAAUAACGGAAACGAACGCGAGCAGAAGCAUGCCAAAGCCGUGCUACAGUUUGCCGAAGGGAAGCAAUCUGCAGCUGCUCAGACAUGGGAGGACAUCCUCAAGGACCAUCCAACCGACCUUAUUGCAAUCAAAUUCGCUCACGACACCUAUUUCUACCUUGGUGACUCGAAAUAGCCGCGAUUCCAUCAAGGCCGUUAUGUCCGAAACAUCAGGGGAACGCGGAGCAUUGCUACAGCUUUUCCAUGGAUAUGUUUUAGCUUUGGACUGGAGGCGUGGUUUGGAACUGAAUCGCUUCGACUGCUGGUCCACCCAUGCACGUGCACACGUAAUAGAAAUGCAAGGACGAUUCGAUGAAGGUAUUGCAUUUAUGGAGAGCACCGAAGAAGACUGGAAACGAGGAUGGAUGCUGGCCGCGCAUAAUUACUGGCACAACGCUCUGUAUUACCUUGAAAAGGACAUCACUGAAGUCCCACUGGAAAUUUAUGACAGGCAAAUCAUACCACGUGCAAAGAAAAGCGGUGCCAUGUUGGAUAUUGUGGAUGCGGCAUCGAUGCUAUGGCGUCUUGAACUCGAAGCCAUUGUGCUACGAGAAGCUGGCGCUGGAUUCGAAAAACAAGAACAACGCUUGCAUCAGACCCUACUGGAUUUCGCAGAAAACGUAAAAAGUGACGAAUACGAUCAAGCCAGGAUUUGCCGUGAAGUGGGCAUUCCACUCUAUAACGCUAUGGCACACUUCAGUGAUGAGGAAUACGAUGAUUGCGCCAAGGCAAUGCUACCUAUACGUGACAGGAUAUAUACCAUUGGUGGAAGUAAUGCACAGCGUCACACAUACGCCCAUCGGUUUAAGUGUAUCGAGUUUUUCAGCAAAGUCCUAGAUGAAAGAAAUGCCAUAAAGAAAAUGUCGAAGAUCAGUGAACGCCUUGCGUAUCGGUACAGGAAGCUUCACCCAAUGUGA